CCGACGAAUUCGUGUGAGUUGUACAUUAAUGAAAACAAAUGGCUGCCAUAUAGGCGUGUACAGGGAAAUUGUUUUAUCAAAAAUACUGUGGUUUUUCUGUGCAAAAGUACAAAAAAUUGUGUUCCCGCGUCCCUCUGCAGUGCACCGCAAAGGGUGAAUCGUUCGCCAGAAUGGCAAGUUACCGAAUUCUGUGGAAAAGUUAUGCCACCUUUGCCAUACUCAUGGCAAUGGGUGUGAUCGCCCAGUACGAGUGGCAGCCCAAAGACGAAUUUGACGCUGUUAAGAGGAAAAUUGAUAGAGUCACCGCGGACAAUUGUCCUAUUCAGCACUUGGGCGACCUGUAUCUCUACGACGAUGUCGUAUCCCAUCUGCCGGACAUCAAGGAGGUCAACAUUAAUCCCAUCUUCCCCAAUCGAACGAAUCUCCUGCACCUGCACAACAUGGCCCUGAGUAGGUCCUUCUUCUGGAGCUACAUCCUCCAGAGUCGCUUCAUCCGUCCCGCCAUCAAUGACACGUACGAUCCAGGAAUGAUGUACUACUUCCUCUCAACGGUCGCCGACGUGUCAGCCAAUCCCUACAUCAACGCCUCGGCGGUGUACUUCUCGCCCAACAACUCCUUCACCUCAUCAUACAGAGGAUUCUUCAACAAGACCUUCCCUCUCUUCGCGCCGCGAGCAUUCCGCCUGGAUGACUUCAAUGACCCAAUUCAUCUCCAGAAAAUCUCCACAAUGAACACAUUCGAUAUAAGAGAUUUAGGAGCCGUUCCAGCCGGCUCCUUCUCCCUCGACUACACCACGGAAUUCUACAAGAUCAACGAGUGGUACAAACUCUGGCUCCCCGACGAAGUCGAUCAGAGGCACGACACAAAGACAACUUAUCAAGUGGAAAUUCGAUAUGCCAACAACACCAAUGAGACUUUCACCUUCCACGGCCCGCCGGGAGCCGACGAAGUUCCCGGACCCGUGAAGUGGACACGGCCCUACUUCGACUGCGGACGCUCCAACAAAUGGCUCGUAGCUGCAGUUGUGCCCAUCGCCGACAUCUAUCCUCGUCAUACCCAAUUCCGGCACAUUGAAUAUCCCAAAUACACCGCGAUUUCCGUGCUCGAAAUGGACUUGGAUAGGAUAGACAUUAAUCAAUGUCCCAAAGGAGAGGGUAAUAGAGGACCGAAUCGAUUUGCCGACACAGCGAGAUGUAAAAAGGAGACAACUGAAUGUGAACCUAUGGAUGGCUGGGGAUUCAGAAGAGGAGGCUAUCAGUGUCGCUGUAAGCCGGGCUUCCGACUACCCAGUGUCAUUAGGCGGCCGUAUCUGGGCGAAAUCCUCGAGAGAGCUUCCUCAGAGCAGUACUACACUGGAUUCGAUUGUCUCAAAAUUGGAUGGGUGCACAAAGUGCCAAUUCAGUGGGAACGAGCGCCAUAUCACAUCCGUGAGAAAUAUCUGGAUCGAUACUACGAGUACAGAAAUUACUCCACUGGUGCCAGUUCUAUGCACGUCGAGAAGAUGAAUAUCGACGAGGCGCUCAGAUUUAUUCGUGGAGUUAAUGAGAAUUCUUGCAAAAACUUCCAUCCUCAGGAUCUCAUCCUGCCGGGAGAUGUGGCUCAUGGAGUGAAGAAACAAUUCGCCAAUGAGGCGAGAAUGGCUGUGAGAUUGGCCAACUUUAUUAGUGCCUUCCUUCAAGUCUCCGACCCCAAUGAAGUGUAUUCUGGCAAGAAGGUAGCAGACAAACCGCUGACAGAGGAUCAAAUGAUCGGCGAAACUCUGGCUCUUGUUCUGGGCAACAACCGCGUUUGGUCAGCCGGAACCUACUGGGAUCGCAAGAAGUUCACCAAUCGCACCUACUUCGCCCCAUUCGCCUACAAGAAGGAGCUCAACACGCGCAAGUUCAAAGUUGAAGAUCUGGCCAGACUCAACAAAACUGAGGAACUCUACACCGGCAAGCAAUGGUUCAGAUUCCUCAAGCAACGCUGGUCCACAAACUUCGACGCCCUCGAGAAGUUCCACAUCAAAAUGAAGGUUCGAUACAAUGAAUCCGGAGAGCAUCUGCAGAAGUACGAACGCUAUCCCACUCACUACUAUGCCGGAAACAUGGAUCACGGAUACUGGACUGCUCCGCAAUUCGACUGCAAUGGACUGGUGAAGAAAUGGUUGGUGUCUUACAUGGCGCCGUUCUUCGGCUGGGACAGCAUCAAAGUGAAACUAGAAUUUAAGGGUGUUGUUGCUGUAUCAAUGGACAUGCUUCAGUUGGACAUCAACCAGUGUCCGGAUGAUUAUUACACACCAAACGCCUUUAAGAACACCCACAAAUGUGACGAGAAGACAUCCUAUUGUGUUCCGAUUUUGGGCCGAGGCUACGAUAGCGGUGGCUACAAGUGCGAGUGUCUUCAGGGAUUUGAGUAUCCUUACGAGGAUCUCAUCACUUACUACGAUGGCCAACUUGUGGAGGCCGAAUUCCAGAAUAUUGUCGUGGACAAGGAGUCUCGUUUUGAUCUAUUCAAGUGCCGCUUAGCAGCAGCCUCAUCCAUUAACAGUGGUCUUCAACUGAUUGUGGGAAUUCUAAUACUCUGCUGGCCCCUAUUUUCCCGCAUCCGAUAGAUUUUGCAAUCAAUCAUCAAGUUUUCCACACCCCAAAUCGCGGGUUUUUCGACUGUGGGACAGUCGAUGGGAUAUUUUGGCAAGAGCCUAAAACGAAAAUGAUCUGUCGAAAAAGAUAGUGCAAGUUUUAAUAGUAUAGAUUGCCUAAGAAUGAGAGUAGCAUUUAGUAAUGUCUAGUAUGGAAAUCCGUCCAAUUUUUCAUAUACAUUGUUUUUUGGAAAGUAUAAAAGACAAAUAAUAACCGAUUCCAUCCAGUUUAUCUUUAAGAAUCUCUAUCACACUUUUUAUACAAAUUUUUUGUAAUAUGUACAUAAGAUCGUUAGAGAUGUAGAAUCACAUUGUAGAGUUUAAUAGAAUUUGUGGCAUUUCCAGAAAUUCACAGACGAUUUUUCUUACGCCAAGAAUGAAAAUAGUGGUAUAAAAUGUCUCAGAUCUGAUGAUAUUCAGGAGAAAAAUGCAUGUAUUUUGAGAAAGACAAGGGGUUGAAGCACACAACCCCAUAAUAAAUAAAUUAAAACCUG